AUGCGACUGGCUCCUGUGCCACUCUUCUUCUACAAACAUCCCACCCAAGCCGUCGAAUUUUCGGGACUCAGCGGACUGAUAACCCAUGGUGAUCAGAGUGCCAAUGAUGCCUGCCGUUACUAUGGUGCUCUAAUCGUGGGCGCUCUGCAGGGCAAGAAAAAAAGUGAACUGCUCAACAAAGAUUUUUACUCCAAUCACGAAGAAUGGUUCAGCAGUAAACCACUACAUCCAGAGAUCCUGAAAAUUGCCCAAGGGUCUUACCAGAAGGAGGGCGGAUACGAAGAUGGCAUUCGAGGCAAAGGAUACAUUGUCAAUGCUCUCGAAGCCGCUUUGUGGGCUUUUUGGUCCAAUGAAGAUUCCUUCGAAAAGGGUGUUCUCGCUGCCGUCAACCUUGGCGAUGAUACGGACACAACGGCUGCCAUUUAUGGUCAGUUAGCCGGUGCCUACUAUGGAUACAAGAAUCUACCCACGAAAUGGGUCGAACACAUAUAUGCCAGAAAUUUUAUCAACUGUUUGAGCAAGUGGAUUGCUUAUGAAGGACAGAUGUACGGACUGUCCCCUUUGAUGCCCCAAGGGUUCGAUGCUCCUAUCAUUCCAUCUCCUAAAAAAGAAGAAGGUAUGUUGAGAUUCCAAAAGACUCCACGAAUGUAA